AUAGAAAAGUUUGUAUUGAUAUUCGGAAGGGAAUCCCAGAAGAACAAUCCGACAAAUAUCGCAAUCAUCGGUGGUUAAAACGAAGGAUCAGCUCCUUUUUUCCUGCUGAAAAUCUGGGCAGCUCAUGAAUACGCAGCCCAGGAGAGUUCCCCAAGGGGAGUCACAGUAUCCCAGAGUUAUUGCCCCAUCAGCUCAGCAGCGUUUUGACAUACCAGUAGGAGCGGCGGAAAACUUGGCACAGAUUCAGUUUCCUAUGCACAGUUUCCCGACUACACAGUCACAUGUUCAUUCAACCGGAAUGCAUCACCAGCCAAAUCCAGGAUUGUCAGGUCACCACGGUCCACCUACAGGUCAAGGGUCAUCCCAGCCCUCCAUCCAACAGGCCCACUCUCAGGGACCACCCCCACAGGCCCAUUCUGCUACCACUCAGGGUCAGCAACAGCAGCAGUUCCAGAGACUGAAGGUUGAAGAUGCAUUGUCGUAUCUCGACCAAGUCAAGCUGCAGUUUGGCAAUCAGCCCCAGGUCUACAAUGAUUUUCUAGACAUCAUGAAAGAGUUCAAGUCACAAACAAUUGACACCCCAGGAGUUAUUAAUCGAGUGUCCAACUUGUUCAAAGGCCACCCUGACCUGAUUGUAGGCUUUAACACGUUCCUUCCCCCAGGGUAUAAGAUCGAGGUCCAGGCCAAUGAAAUCAGCGUUCACCAGCCAGGCCAGCAGACACUGUGUAUCCCAACAAAUACCCCAAUCAUGCUGCCAUCAGCCACACCCAUGCCAGGACAUAAAUUAGACAUGUUCUCCAUGCCCCAGAAGACAACCCCUCCCCCAGCCCACAUGCCGAGUACUCCCACCCACGGGUCGUCCCACCACUCCUACCAUCAGUCGCCUCACCGCGGGGGAUCGGAGCAGAUGGGGUCCACCAAUCAGAGCCAUCAACCCCAGCCUCAGCAGCCUCAGGCCGGGCAGCCUGUAGAAUUCAAUCACGCUAUCAACUAUGUCAACAAAAUCAAGAAUCGUUUCCAAGGCCAACCAGAGAUCUAUAAAGCGUUCCUGGAGAUUCUACACACCUAUCAGAAGGAACAACGGAACCUUAAAGAAGGAAUUGUCUCCCCUGGCUGUAAGCCCCUGACCGAGGCUGAGGUGUACUCACAGGUGGCCAAACUGUUCCAGAACCAGGAGGAUCUACUGGCCGAGUUUGGUCAAUUCCUGCCAGAUGCCAAUGGAUCAUCUUACGGAGGAUAUCUAAACAUGUUACAGACUGACAGCUCAUCCCUGGGGGUCAGAAAUGACCACUCCUCCACUGUCAAAAAACCCUCCCUAGGCAACAAAAGUCAGAUGGGGAAGAGCGGAAAUCAACACAGAAGACCCUCUGGUGGGCCACAACCUCCACAGAAGAAACAGAGAACGGGAACCUUAAAAGACAUCUCACUUGCUGAGGCCGGAAGAUAUGGAACAUUGAAUGAGUUUGCCUUCUUUGACAAAGUGAGGAAGUUCCUGAAACACCCUGAGGUUUACGAGAAUUUCUUGCGAUGUCUGGUUCUAUUUAACCAGGAAGUGAUUUCAAGAACCGAACUGGUUCAGCUUGUCCAGACUUUUUUACAGAGAUCCCCAGAGUUGUACAAGUGGUUCAAGGAUUUCCUAGGAUACAAGGAGUCAGGUGGCACCACUGAGGCGGUACCUCAAGGUGCCCUUGGGAAGGAGAGGGUCAGCGGGGAGCUUGCAAUGGAAAUAGACUAUGCCACUUGUAAGAGAUACGGAGCCAGCUAUAGAGCACUGCCCAAGUCCUACCCUCAGCCUAAGUGUUCAGGACGAACCCCGCUGUGUAGAGAGGUAUUGAAUGACACCUGGGUCUCUUUCCCCUCCUGGUCGGAGGAUUCCACGUUUGUCACAUCACGGAAAACGCAGUAUGAGGAACACAUAUACCGCUGUGAGGAUGAAAGGUUUGAGCUUGAUGUUGUCGUAGAGACAAAUCUGGCCACUAUCCGUUGCCUGGAAGCGGUACAAAAGAAAAUGAGUCGAAUGAGCUCAGAGGAAGCAGCUAAAUUCCGAUUGGACAACUCCCUGGGCGGGUCAUCUGAUGUUCUUCAAAGGAAAUCCAUACAGAGAAUCUAUGGUGACAAAGCUCCAGAUAUUAUUGAUGGUCUGAAGAAGAACCCUGUUGUAGCCGUACCACUAGUGCUGAGGAGGUUGAAGGCCAAAGAGGAAGAAUGGCGUGAAGCCCAGAGGAACUUCAACAAGAUUUGGAGAGAGCAGAAUGAGAAAUAUUAUCUCAAGUCACUGGACCAUCAGGGGAUUAACUUCAAACAGAAUGAUGUCAAGGCCAUCCGAUCUAAAGGACUGCUCAAUGAGAUAGAGACUAUAUAUGAUGAGCGGUCAGAACAGGAAACAGAGAGUGCUGAAGCAUUUAACCCCCAUCUGAGUUAUGUGUAUAAGGACCGAUCUGUCAUUGAGGAUGCGGCCUCCCUCAUUCUACAUCACAUGAAGAGACAAGCUGGAAUUCACAAAGAUGACAAACACAAGAUCAAGCUGUUGUUACGUCAGCUGAUACCAGAUCUGUUCUUCAUGCCGCGACAGGAAAUGAGUGACGACGAGGAAGAAGAUGACAUGGAUGUUGAUGAUGCAGACAAGGAAAUGCCAAAAGCAGAGGAAAAGAAAGAAUCGGAAAAGGACAAAUCUUCAAGUUCAGGGAAAAACGGAAAGGAGAGUGAGGAAGUGAAGAUCAAGGAGGAAAAGUUGGACCCCGAGAUUAAAAUGGAGGAGGGGGAUGAGAGUAAGUCUGCUGACUCGGCUGUUGUCAAUGGCGACCAGGAGGAAAACACUAACGAUGAUGAUAUGGAGGAUGAUGACAUCUAUUCCCUGUUCUUUGUCAACAAUAACUGGUAUCUGUUUUUCCGCUUACACCAAAUUCUGUGUGAACGCCUGUACAAGAUAUACACAUAUUCUGUUAAAAUCGCAGCUGAGGAGGCGCAGUGUCGAAAAGACCGAAAGGAAUCCACUGCAGUAGCCCUCAGACUCAAAGCCCCAAGUGAGAUUGAGCCUGAGGAGUACUAUCCUUACUUCCUGGAGAUGGUGAAGAGUUUGCUUGAUGGGAAUCUGGAAUCCACACAGUAUGAGGACCAGCUAAGAGAGAUGUACGGUAUUCAUGCUUACAUUGCCUUCACCAUGGAGAAGUUGGUACAGAACCUUGUCAGACAGAUGCAGCAUAUUGUCCAGGAUGAGGUUUGUGUUAAGAUCACUGCACUGUUCCAGGAGGAACGCAAGAACAAUGCCACAGGUGGACGGGUAGCCACUGUCCACCAGCGGUCAGCCAAGGAGAGCGCCUACCAGAAGAAAGCCGAACAGUGUCUCAGCGAGGAAAACUGCUUCAAAGUUGUCAUUUUCAAGAAAGAGUGUAAGUUGACCUUUGAACUCCUGGACACUGAUCACGAGCAGUCUGAUGAUCCAAUAGAAGUAGAGCGUUGGUCUGAGUAUGUAGAGAAAUAUGUCUCCAAGGACGACACAGUGUCGGAAGACCUGAAGGAACACCUUAAUCGCAAACCUGUUUUCCUUCCCAGGAAUGUGAGACAGUGGCGACUUCACCAGAAGAAUCAGAAAUCUCGGUCGGACACAGAGACGGAGGAAAUCCCCGGGUCACCCAAGCAGUCUACGGAGGACAUGGAUAUUCUGGACAAUACAGAGUGUAAAUUUAACGUCAACUCAUUCAAAAUAGUGUACGUCGUCAACAGCGAGUACUAUUUGUACAAACGUACAGCACUCACCAAGGCAAGGGAGUCACACAAGAGAGUGUCCCUAAAGCUCCAUGACAAAUUCACCAUGUGGAUAAAUCGCUGGCGGGAGGAAAAUCUGACGGAGAAUCAAAAGACGGCUUGUGAGGAUUGGCUGAUGGGACAUACUGAGGAUCUGGUGGCGUGUACCACCACGAAGGAAUCUUGCGGUACCGAAGAUGCCACACCCUACUUCACCUUUAACAAAUACAAGGUGGAGUAUGAAUACGAGACCAAAAGUGAGGCAGGGGAACCAGCUGAGCCAGUUAAAGAGGCCACUAAUUAAGGAGGUUACUAAUGAAUCUAUCGAUAACAACCGAAAUUUCAGCAAGUACUUGCUUAAUAUUAUCUAAAGUUAACUAUAAGAGAAAACGGGACUGAUGCAUUUAAAGAAAGUAGAU